AUGACCAAGAUCGCCUGGAUUGCCGACAUAGAAAAAGCGUUUUUGAAUAUAGCGCUACAGCCCGAAGAUGCAGAAGCGAUCAGGUUUUUAUGGUCUACGGAGCCAAGUAAAAUUGGCUCCCCGCUGAUUGUUUACAAAUGGUUAAGAGUUCCGUUUGGCAUGAGUCCUAGUCCCUUCUUGCUUAGAGCAGCUGUAAACAAGCACCUAAAAUCAGUUUAUUCUAGAUAUCCAGAGACGGUGGAUCAAUUAAUGGAAAAUUUAUAUGUCGACGAUUAUUUAGGCGGAGCAGACGAAGUCGAAACGGCCAAAACAAGAGAACCCGAGACGAAUAUCCUAUUCAGUGAAGCACAACUCAACAUGAGGAGCUACGCAACAAAUAGCGAAGAGCUCCGUCAACACCUGGAAGAAAAAGGCCUCGAAAAUCAAGCAGUAGGUCUUCUGUCUCCAUCUUUGGAUAAACAACAGAAAGUGCUCGGGAUCCGGUGGGAUACUGGAUCCGAUACGUUACAAUUCGAGCCGUCCACAAUCGUACAAGCAGCUGAAGAAAUCGGCGAAAAAAUCACAAAGAGGAAAAUUUUAAGUAUUUCAUCUAGAAUUUUUGAUCCUUUAGGUUUUCUAGCCCCAACAGUCCUCCUGCUAAAGAUAAUUUAUCAACAGCUUUGGGAGAAAGAUGUAGAUUGGGAUGAAGUUGCCCCGGAAGAAAUCCAAAAAUCAUGGAAAGCAGUGAUGAAAGGUGUCAUCAACUUCAACCAGCUGAAAAUUCCACGCUGGGUAGGAUUUGGAAAAGACAUAGUGGUAGCAGAAUUACACGUGUUCGGAGACGCAUCGGAAGAUGCGUACGGAGCCGUAGCUUACGUACGGCUCCAAAGAGAAAAUGAAAAGCCGUUCACCACAUUUCUCGUCAGCAAAACGAAAGUAGCCCCUCUACCAAAACGUAAGGUCACCUUACCACGCUUAGAAUUAUUAAGCUCUCUUUUGGCAGUCCGUUUAGGUGAAGCUGUAAGAAAAGCGCUGCACAUUGAAAAAUGGAGAGUGACGUAUUGGUCGGAUUCAUUGGUAACGCUCGGAUGGAUCCGAGGUGACGCCAACAGGUGGAAGCCGUUUGUCCGAAAUCAAGUGGAGACAAUUCAAGGUGUCUCCGAGAAGAAUUGGUGGAAGCACUGCCCAGGAGUCCAGAAUCCAGCGGAUCUUGCUUCGCGGGGAGGGCCAGCACAAGCGCUGGUAGACUCUCAGCUGUGUUGGCACGGACCCGAAUGGCUGAUCGAAGAAGAAGACAAUUGGCCGGAUUCUACACCAGAAAAGCAAGAUCCAUCCAUUCAAGAAGCUAUUGAUGCAGAGUCAAGAGGAGCAGUAGUUAACAUCACUGCUGCCGUUGCAAUGCCAACUGAGCCUAUCGACUGGGACUUAGAAUUCGUCUCAACCUGGAAUCGUUUUCUGUGGAGUCGAGCCUGGAUGCUUAGGUUCUCCAACAGAAGCCGUAAAAGAACACGUGACCCAGGCGUAGGACUAACAGAAGCAAUCAAAGUGAAAGAUAAAGUUAUCAGAGUCGUGUGA